GCACCGGGUCCAGUUCGCCUUAGGCCCUCUCCCCAGCGCGGGGGUGGGAAGGGCAGGUGACCUGCUGCCCCACCGUAAAGGGCGGUGCGUGCGGAGGCCUGGAGCGGUCCUCACCCGGCCUUGGGUGCGGGGCCGCGCGCGGGCGAAGAGCCCCGGUUCGGCGCCGCCGGGCCUCCAGUCCCCUGAAGUCCCCAGAGGCUCGCCGAGUGCCUCUGCGGAGCCGCGCGACGCGCAGGCAGGGUGGCUGCGGCGGCGAGUGUGAAUGUGCCUGACAAGAUGAAGAGCCGAAUCCCCGUGGUGCUCCUGGCCUGUGGCUCCUUCAACCCCAUCACCAACAUGCACCUGCGCUUGUUUGAGGUGGCCAGAGACCACCUUCACCAGACAGGCAGGUACCAGGUGAUCGGGGGUAUCAUCUCUCCUGUCAAUGACAGCUACGGAAAGAAGGACCUCGUGGCUGCCCGGCACCGGGUGGCCAUGGCCCGGCUCGCCCUGCAGACGUCCGACUGGAUCCAGGUGGACCCCUGGGAGAGUGAGCAGGUGCAGUGGAUGGAGACGGUCAAGGUGCUGAGGCAUCAUCACAGCGAACUGCUCAGAUCUCUGCCCUGGAAGGAAGGCCUGGACCAAGGCAAGGUUGACUCUCCAGCCCCCGCAGCUGUGCCUGAGCUGAAGCUCCUCUGCGGAGCAGAUGUCCUGAAGACCUUCCAGACCCCCAACCUCUGGAAAGACAAGCACAUCCAGGAAAUAGUGGAGAAGUUCGGUUUGGUGUGCGUGGACCGGGCAGGGCAUGACACAAAGGGGUACAUCUCGGGCUCGCCCAUCCUGCAGAGGUACCAGGACAACAUCCACCUGGCCAGGGAGCCAGUGCAGAACGAGAUCAGUGCCACAUACAUCCGGUGGGCCCUGGGCCAAGGGCACAGCGUCAAGUACCUGCUCCCCGAUGCCGUCAUCGCCUACAUCAAGGAGCACGACCUCUACGCCAGCCCCGGAGAGGAAUGAAGGUUAGCCGAGCCAGGGAGGGCCACCUCCUCCUCCACUGGCCUCGGCCUGAGGACAGGGCGCUUACAGUCUUUGUUUUCCAGAGUCUUUCCAUUUUUCAUUUGGUUUGUUUCAACAAUGAUUUAGUUUGUGAGGCAUCUUCUGUCCCAGGAAGAGAUAUCUUUUUCGGGGAGAAGCAAACGUUUGCAUCACAAGGAUGGACAUUUAUCACAGAAGUUAAAGUGGUGUGGCAGGUCAUUAGGUUUAGACAAAAGCUCUCAGAACCUCUGGAUGAAGAGGCCCUCUUAUUUUGUAAAUGGUAGUUAUGGCUGCGCACUGAAGGCAGUUCUGCACGUGGCAGGGGGCCCCUGAGGGUCAGAUCAGAAUUGCCCACAAAGAGUGUUUUAACUAGGACCAGGUGCAGCUUGCCGGUCUUCAUUGGAGAGGCUUGACAGGAUGCUAAUUACCAAACAGUGGUCUUUGUCAGUGCUUUGUUUCCACAAAGUAAUGCUCAUGGAGGAGUCCAAAAUUUGGAAGCAACACGUUACUGAUUGACAUUGAAUCUUCCUUUACAAACCGUAGUCUGCCUGCCUACUGGCCAUUGAUAAAAUUUAAACUAAAAUCUU